AUGGCUCCUGACAGGAUUUCCCAUGAGAGGAAAAAGGAGAACAAAAAGCAUGAAGACCUUCCAGAAGACCACCACUCUCCCCACGGUCAGAUGCUACAGGACAUGGAGGGUGUCUGGAGCACUGGGAGCAAAACUAAGGAGGUGGAAGAAGAGGGAGCUGCAGAGGAAGGACCUUUACUUAGUAAAACAGAACGACGAAAAGAUGUGAAAGGAAACUGUGACAGCAAGGCUGCAGGACGGAGCGGUGAAUUAUCCCCUCCAACAGCAAAGAGCUUCCGAAUACACGACGUGAGUCCUCUUUCUUCUCCUAAUCUGUUGCAGACGGAGAAGAUGUGUCCCCACAGAAGGGCACGUAUGACCCGUCUGCCCCAGCAGGGCCCUUUCCGGCACCUUAUGGACAUGAAGGCAGAGAAGAGAUUGGCAGGCUGGAAGGAACGCCGUAGCCGCUUUGGUGACGUCGGCAUGCACAAGUGCUAUCAGUUUGGACAGAUCUUCUCCCCUUUCCAGGCUCUGGCCACCACGGAGAUGCGAAGGCUGGUGUUGCCCCGAGACUUGCCCGUAAGUUCUCGAAUGCAGAGAAUAAACACUUCAUCCCUCAGUGACAUGAGUCUCCGGGAUUUACCCCUGUCUCCCACAGAGCUGAGCUUGGGAAAGGAUGACAGCCACCACGAGAAAGAGAAAUCAGUGAGCCACAUGAAGACGCCUUUAUUCCCCCCAAUAGUUAAAGCAACAAAAUAUAAUGACAUGAAAUAAAAUUGUAAAACUGCCUUGUGGUCCCUCCCUGCAAGGCUGUGCACGAAAACAGGUAAUAUCAGGGCAUCCAAGACUGUUGAGCC